AUGGCAGUAGCAUCAAUGUCCAGUUCAAUGGAACAACCACCACCACCAAUGUAUAAUACUCGAAGCACUUCUGUAAAACGAUUAAUGCGUGAAGCUGUAGAAAUGAAAGAACCAACAGAACUUUAUUAUUGUCAACCAAUAGAAGAUAAUCUAUUUGAAUGGCAUUUUACAAUUCGUGGUCCUAUAGCAACAGAAUUUGAACAAGGUAUUUAUCAUGGACGAAUUUUAUUUCCUGUUGAAUAUCCAAUGAAACCACCAUCGAUUAUAUUACUUACGGAAAGUGGUCGUUUUAAAACAAAUGAAAAAAUUUGUUUAUCAAUAUCUGGUCAUCAUGUUGAAACAUGGACACCAACAUGGGGUGUUCGAACAGCUUUAUUAGCUAUUAUUGGCUUUAUGGAAACACCUGGUGAAGGUGCUUUAGGUUCAUUAGAUUAUACACCAGAAGAACGAAAAAUUCUUGCUAAAAAAUCGCAAUCAUAUGUAUGUCCAAAAUGUGGUGCAACUAAUAGUCAAGUAUUAUUGCCACUAUCAGAAAAAUCAAUUGAUGCUCAAAAAGAAGCUAAAGAAUUAAUCAGUCAAAUUGAUUUCGUUAAAAAAGUUGAAACAAAAACUGAAACACCUUCAUCAACAUCCUUAGAUGAAAAUAAUAUUGAACCAACAUCAUCAGAACCAAUAUUAGAUUCAAGAUCGGAUGUUUCUCCAAUAACUACACCAAAUACUACAAUACGAUCACCAACAAAUACAAUAUUAUUACCACGUCAAAAUGAAUCGAAUAAUAAUCUAUUAAGCAUGUUUAUCUUUCUUUGUUGCAUGAUACUAUCAUUUCUACUAUUACGACGACUUUUCUUAACAUUUGGUACAAGUCGAUCAUUUCCGCCAUCAUCAACGGAUCCAUUUCAUGAUGACUUUUGA